CCUUCCCCCGCUUCGUCGCCUCUCAGGUCCUUGGGCCUUCCUCCCGGCCGCGGGCUCCUCUCCUGCCGGCCGGGCCACCCGGACCUUGGGCCGCGUUCCUCCCCUGCCCCCCGCCCUCGUGCCCUCGUGCCCCCGUGCCCCGAGGUUUAACAGAGCCCCGGCCCCGAUAGUCGUGCUCCCCGCGGGCUCGACGCCCCCUCCUUGUCGAAGGUUCAGGGCUUAGAGCUGGAAGGGGCCUCAGAGGUCACCCAGGUAGUAAGUGGCAGGGCCCGUGGCCCACCCCAGCCUUGCUUCGCUUUCCGCACCCACCACGGUAGUCCUCGACCCCAUCCACACCCCGCUCCACCACUUCUUUUCCUCCAGCUCUGCUCCUUUCCUGCUCUUUUCUUGGAGGAAAUGGGGAGAAACUGCCCACCCCCUUAGAGAGUUCUUUUCCACCUUAGAAUCAAACUCCUACGUGUUUAGAUUUGGAAAAGGCCUUAGAAAUCAUUUACUUCAACCGUCUUUGAUGGAUGAGAGGGGCAGUGAGGUGUCCUAGAAAGAGAAACAGAUUUGGAGGCAGAAGAACCAUCCAAGUUCAUAUCCAUGCAAAGUUUCUCAACCGUGGGACCUUAAGUUUUUUGUUGGUUUUUUUUUUCAUCUAUAAAAGGAAAGGGGACCAGACCAUGAUUCUCCAGUCUGGGGUGGAGGUACCCCCAAGAUAUGAGGAUCUUGUUGAAUGGUUUGAGGAAAUAAUUGGUAAAUAGUUGCGUUUUCUUAAUGAAAUAUUCCAAAAGUAGUAGUGUUAGUGCUUAUGAUACUAAAAAUGUUACCUGCUAAAUAAAGUGUUCUUUAUGAAAAACGAGUCUCUUUUAUUUCUUAUAUGCUUUUGCAUGGUAAACUAUAGAAUGUUUCCUUUCAUGUUGAAACUGAAAGGUUUACUUAGAGCCAAAGAUUGAAAAAGGUUGAGAAACUCUGUUCUAGAUGAUCUGAGGGUUUUGUUUUUUUCUUUUCUUAAACUAUCUCUGAAUCCUGUGAUCCAGUGAAAUUGAGUUCCAGAGAGUCUUAGUAAUUUAGAAAACCAGCAUGGGUGGGAGAGUUUUAAUCAGAAGCCAGGGGCUUCUUCCCACCAGUCCAAUAUCCUUUUUGAGAGUUUGAAUGUUGUUGGGAGGAGGGGGAGAGUAGAACAUUGCAGAAAAAAUGGAAGAGGCAUACUCUGAAAUCAAGUAAGAUGCUUAUGAAACUGUUUCUGAACUUUCCUCUUACCUUAAUUUUUAGUGAUUCUCUUAGAGCAGAAGAACAGCAUAAAAUGAGAAAUAAGAUGGUGUGAUGAUGGAUCAUGAUGUUCCAACAAUCAAACCUCGAAGAAUCCAGAACCAAAAUGUUAUCCACCGCUUGGAGCGUCGGCGCAUCAGUUCAGGCAAGGCUGGUACCCACUGGCACCAGGUUCGAGUAUUCCACCAGAACGUCUUCCCCAACUUUACUGUGGUUAAUGUGGAAAAGCCACCUUGCUUCCUUCGAAAAUUUUCACCUGAUGGGCGCUACUUUAUUGCCUUUUCUUCAGACCAGACAUCACUGGAGAUUUAUGAGUACCAGGGCUGCCAAGCAGCAGAGGACCUACUGCAGGGUUAUGAGGGUGAAAUUUUGGCCAAUGGCAAUGACCAGAGGUCAGUCAACAUCCGAGGCCGACUCUUUGAACGCUUCUUUGUCUUACUGCAUAUCACCAAUGUAGCUGCUAAUGGUGAACAUCUAAAUCGUGAGUGUAGCCUCUUCACAGAUGACUGCCGUUGUGUCAUUGUGGGUUCAGCUGCCUACCUCCCGGAAGAGCCUCAUCCUCCUUUUUAUGAAGUAUAUCGCAACAGUGAGUCAGUGACACCAAAUCCCCGCUCCCCUUUGGAGGACUAUUCCCUUCAUAUCAUUGAUCUUCACACUGGCAGGUUGUGUGACACCCGCACGUUCAAAUGUGAUAAAGUGAUCUUGUCCCACAAUCAAGGGCUAUACUUAUAUAAGAACAUACUAGCCAUUCUUUCAGUACAGCAGCAGACCAUUCAUGUCUUCCAGGUCACUCCUGAGGGCACCUUUAUUGAUGUGCGUACCAUUGGUCGAUUCUGCUAUGAGGAUGACCUGCUCACCCUUUCAGCUGUCUACCCUGAGGUACAGCGAGACAGCCAAACAGGCAUGGCCAACCCCUACAAGGAACCCUUUAUUAAUUCCCUAAAACACCGACUGUUGGUAUACUUGUGGCGCCGGGCAGAGCAGGAUGGGAGUGCCAUGGCCAAGAGGCGCUUCUUCCAAUAUUUUGACCAGCUACGACAGUUGCGUAUGUGGAAGAUGCAGCUUCUAGAUGAAAAUCACCUCUUUAUCAAGUACACUAGUGAAGAUGUAGUGACACUACGGGUCACGGACCCAUCACAGCCUUCCUUCUUUGUUGUGUACAAUAUGGUGACGACAGAGGUGAUAGCAGUGUUUGAGAAUACCUCGGAUGAAUUGCUGGAGCUCUUUGAGAAUUUCUGUGACCUCUUCCGCAAUGCCACCCUGCACAGUGAGGCCGUCCAGUUUCCCUGUUCAGCUUCUAGCAACAACUUUGCAAGGCAGAUCCAGCGCCGAUUUAAAGACACUAUUGUAAAUGCAAAAUAUGGAGGGCACACGGAGGCAGUACGGAGGCUGCUUGGUCAGCUCCCCAUCAGCGCCCAAUCAUACAGUGGCAGUCCCUACCUCGAUCUGUCUCUCUUCAGCUAUGACGAUAAGUGGGUAUCAGUCAUGGAGCGGCCCAAGACUUGUGGAGAUCACCCGAUCAGGUUCUAUGCCCGGGAUUCUGGUCUGCUCAAGUUUGAGAUCCAGGCAGGCCUGCUGGGCCGCCCCAUCAACCACACAGUCCGACGCCUGGUCGCCUUUACCUUCCACCCUUUUGAGCCCUUUGCCAUUUCGGUGCAAAGGACUAAUGCUGAGUAUGUUGUCAACUUCCACAUGCGACACAGCUGCACAUAGGGUGUUGCCCAAAGGCUGGGGAUCCACCAAAGCCAAGUUGUCUUGCCUUUUAAGACUUGUACCCCCUUCCCAUCUCUGCAGAUUAGAAAGCAGAGUCUUUCAGGUGCCAGCAUCAUUCCUUUGGAACCAGGGUCUGUGUAGGUCAACCUUGGUUGGUCUAUAGUCACUCAAACAUGAGCCAGAAGAGAGGAGUUGGACCCAGGAUAACUUACUUUAAAAAAAAAAAUCUAGCUAUGAAAUAAUUUAAAUGUCUCCCACUUUUUCCACAAGAGAUUGCCCAGCAUUAAGUCCUUUAAUUAUUUUGAGUGGGGGGAGUUCUGUGUGUAUGUAUUUUAUUGAGGUGUAGAUGAGAAUUUUCCACUGUUUUUCCUUCUUUCCUCUUUUCUUGACAUUGGUAUGCAGCCUGAAGCAGAGCAGUUGGUUGCCAUUGUGGCCAGACCUAAUAACUAAUUGAGACCCUGCUCAUUCCUUUUCAUUUAGCCAAAAAUUGAGGCUGUCUUUUUAAGUAAAAAUAAAAGGCAUAUUUUCUUACUUAUUUAUAUCUGCAGUUUGAAGAUUAUCGUUUGUUCUGAUUAUUUCAGAUUCCUUGCUGUGCUUUUCAAAUUCUUGAUUUUUAAAAGGUAGUCAGUCACUUCCUGAAAAAUAGCCAAGGUAGAGUAUUUUAAGCUUUGCGAAACACUUUAUGUACAUUAUCUCAUUUGAUCUUCACAAAAACCAUGUGAGGUAGGCACUUCUGGUUUUGUUAUCCCCAUUUUACAGAUGAGGAAGAUAAGGCUCAGACAAAUUAAGUAUAUGUCAUCUAGUAAAUGGUGGGGGCAGGAUUCAAACCCAGGUCUUUCCUGAAUCCAGGUCCAGGAAUCUUUUUCCAUUAUACCAUGCUGCCUCUCAUUGUUAGUUGUUUGUGGUAGUAAGAGCCUAAUUCAUAGCACCUUAGCCACAAGCAAGCAUUGUCAGCCAACUCUGCUAAGUCCAGUGGGAGUGAUGAGUGCCUGCCACCUUCAAGAGUUCCUCAUUAACAAAACACAGCAUUCACCUUGGCUCAGAAAUAACACUGUGCAAUUCAGUUCAACAAACACUUAGCUCUUACCUUGUGCCAGGUACUGUUCUAGGUACUGAGGACAUAAAGAGAAAGCAAAACAGCCUUUUCCUUCAAGGAACUUAUAUAUUCAAGAGAGGGAUACAACAUUCCUGCAGACAAUUACACAGUAGAUAGUCAUCUCAGUAAGAGGCAUGGCCUAAAAAUCAGGGUGAUCAGGAAAGACCUCAUGGUGGAGUAAGUGCCUGAGCUGAGCCUUGCAGGAAACUAGAGAUUCUGAGGGGCCAAAGUGAGGAGAGAGAGCCUUCCAGAAAGGGGAGAUGUGAUGAUCCAUAGGUGGGAGAUGAAAGGCUGUGUAUGAGAAGUGACAAGUAUCAUGCCAAGUUGUGAAGGAUUAUAAAUGCUUAACAGAAUAGUUUAUGUUUUAUUCUAGAGGCAAUAGGGAGCCCCUUAAACUUCUUGAACAAAGGAGACAUGUCGUAUCGAUGCUUUAAGACAGUUUGCUGUAUGCAGAAGAAGGAUUGGAGAAUAGACUAGUCAGGAAGACUAGUUAGAAACUACUAGUUAGCCCAUUAGUCAAGGCAGAAGGUAAUAAGGACCUGAACUAGGGCAUUGUCCAUGUGAGUGGAGAGGAGCGAAAAUGAGAGACAAAGGUUGAAAUGACAACUUCAAACAACUGAAUAAUGAAGUGUGAGAGUGAAUAGUGUAGCAUGACUGUGAAUAGUGUAGCAUGACUGAAGUUGUGAACCUGGGUGACUGAAAGCAUAGUGGUAUCCUUGAACAGCAUAGGGAUGUUAAGAAAAGGGAUGGGCUUAAGGAUUAUAAGUCCCAUUGUGGACGUACUGUGUUUAAGAUACGGGUGGUGAUGUUCAGUAGGCAACUUGUAAUCUAGGACAUUGUAUUUGAGUGUAAGGUCCUUGCAAGUAUGAAUCAUUUCAUCUUUGUAUUUGUAGCCUCAGCACCUGGCACAGUGCCUGGCCCAUAGUAGAAAAUAAAUACUUGAUUGAUUGGACUGGCUUGGCUUGGCUUGGGGGUCAGGAGAGGAGAGAGUCUGGUAAUGUUGAUUUUAUAGUUAUCCACCUAAAGCUGAUUAAGCCUAUAAGAAUUUAUGGGGUCAGUAAGAGAUGAGGUAGAAGAAAAGAGGGCUCGAGACAAAACAGCCUUAGCUUAUACCUCAAUGCUUAAGGGGUGGGAUAUGGAUUAUUAUGGCCCAAAGGAGACGAAUGGAGAGGGUCGACAGGUAGGAGAACCUGAGACAGCAGUGUCAUCAGAGCAAAUGAAGUAGCAUAUAUUAAAUAUACUAUAUACCAAACACUGAGAAUACAAAGGCAAAGGAAGCCCCUGCCCUCAAGGAGCUUGUAAUAGUGGAAAAUGCCUACGGGGAAUGGUGGCCAAGAUGGGUAUUUUGGUUUAGAAAGUUACGAGGUUGAUACGUGGAGCAACAAUGGAGUAGAUUGACACACCUUUUCUAGUAGCAGUAGUGAUUUGAUUUUGGUUCUACAACGAGAAAGUUAGAGCACUUUCUAGAGUGUGGGUGGAGUGGAAAAAGGGGCAACACAAAGGACAAUACAUGUGGCAAUAAGGCAAAUAUGUGGUGAAGAGCUGGUCGGGGAGUAAGGUGAAGCAUGACUAGAGCCAAUUUGGUUUAAUAUCAUGGGCCAGGUGAGACACUCAUCAAUCAGGACAAUGAGGCUCCAGAGUGGGUGUUCCAGAGAUGAAAGGGUUAAGUCCUUCAGGCUAUGGUCUCUAGUCUGGCAAGAACAUAGCUGAGGGCUAAUGUAGGAGUAUCAAAGAUGAGGCUGUGGUCAACCGUAUCAAACUACAGAGAGGUCAGAAAGAAUGAGGUCUUAGAAAAGGCCACUGGAUUUAGCAAUUGUAAUAUUAGAGAAAACACUUUCAGGAGGGUAGUAGAGUUGUACGGCAUAUUGUAACAUGUUAGGAAGUCGAGGAUCUGAAGUAGAAGAUUUUCUAGGACUUUGGUUGUGAAAGGAAUGGUAACCUAUGAGGAGUCAAGUAUCCUCUAGAUUUAAGAGGUGUACCACUGCUAUUUGAGUCAACACACCCUCCUGACCAGAUAGGGCUUUGUGUGGAAAUGAUGGAUGCUGUGUCUCCCUGAACCAGCACUGUACCCUUGUUGAAUAUCCUUUCUGUGCUUUGGCUAAGUAAACUUUUUUUUUUUGUCAA